AUGUCUCAUCAGCACGCCCAGUCAAGUUUCUUCGGAUUGGCACUGCGGCAACUGGGAUGUCGCCAGCUGCAGCUGACAUCCCGGCUGGUAACCAGCCGUGGAGACCCAUCAAUAUUAUCCUGGAAGAGGCUGCGACCAUUUUGCUCUUUGGUGUUGUGUGGCGAGGACAUUUGUUCACUUCUUAAGGUCAACUGUGACCGCUGUCUAUGUAUGCCAGGGCAAACAGUCGGUUCGUUCACUCCCGAAGGUGUUUCAGCAGCAGCUGGUUACAACCGCUACCAGAAGGACCCGGAAGUGGUCCGUGACAGUGAACCAGUCACCGAGGCCGAAGUUGAUGCGCUUGAUGGCUUUGGGUGCGGUGCCAGUGUUGGUGGCGGGCAUCGGGAUGGUCGCAGGCUCCUUGCUGGCACCGGGUCAGAGCACAAAAGUGGCGCCAUGAUUGGCAAGGUCGUCACAGGUUGUGUCCAGCAGAAUGUAAGGGGUGCCUUCGUAGUACCACAUGUCCACCGUGGUGUGAUCGAAUUUGGCAUCCUUGACACGCAUGGCAACGGCCUGCUCUACACGGAGCAGGCCGUUGCCAUGCGUGUCAAGGAUGCCAAAUUCGAUCACACCAUGGUGGACACAUGGUACUACGAAGGUGCCCCUUACAUUCUGCUGGACACGACCUGUGCUGAAGCCGGCGUGUUCCAUAACAACGAGGUUGAAGCGUGUGGCCUCCUAACAGAUGAGCGGGAACCACCGGAUGACGGCACCAGACCAUACCGGCAGCUACAGUACCUCCCCGCCACCUGUGCCACCAAAAGGGAUCACCUCAGUGUGCCACCAAAAGGGAUCAAGCGUGCCAUGCUCUUCAUCCUCCUCACCUGCUUCAAGUCCCUCAAUGACAUUCACCUCCUAUGCCCACUCUACACCACCCCGACCGAACACCGCAGUGUCAUCACCGCCUUUCACUGCACCACCAAGCUGACCGACGACCUAGCCGCCGAACUGCAUUUGCUGGACGCCACAGCAGCCGACACGCACCGCCGCUACCGGAACAAAUUCCGGUGGGCACAACAGCUGGAGGCGCGCCGUGCACCCAGCACCGGCACCUAA